CCUAUUAUGACAAGCGAGGCAGAGUGUUGAAAGAUAGAAAGAUAAUCCCGCUAUGUAUGAAGCGAUAUAUAUUCGAGACAUGUUAUUACAUUGGAUUUCAUUAUUAAUAUAAAACAGGCUGUAAAAAAGCUGGCUUUUGGUAGCGAACGAUUGAACGAAUAAAAGAUGAAUAUACAAGCUACAAUAUAUAAAGUGGAAGGGUAUUCAACGAAUUAAAUACAAGACAGCGAAACAAACGGACAAAAUAGGCAUUGUUGUAGUUUUAUGUUUAUCAUUUAUGGCAAAAUAGACAAGACGAAUUGCUGAGAAUCGCAAAUGAGGAUGACACAAAUAGACAGAGUGGCGUAAGAGCGUCAUUGUAAACAAGAGAGCGUAAACAAAGGAAAGGAGAUAAACACAAACAAAUUAACAUCGAGUUGUGAAAUACUGUGGAGGAAUUUCGAAUAUUCCAGUAUGGAAUCUGUCUGAAUAGCUCUUUCGACAAUGUGGGAAUUAUUGAUUUGUCAUAAUUGUAAGGGUUUGUUAGAAAAUCCUAAGAUUUUAACGUGCGCUCAUUCGGUCUGCGAAAAAUGUCUCGAAGAGCUUUUGAAGCGAAAAUCGGAAGUCCUAAAAUGUCCAGUUUGUAGUGUUGUAAUACAAGUCGCUGCCGACAACGCUUUUCUGUCAAACGUGCUGGCUAUUUUGAAACGUGAAACGAAUGCGUGCAAUGAGGACAGUGCGUGCGACGCGUGUUCUGUGCACGGGACUAGGAAUUUGCGUUGCACGGAUUGCGAUAUGCUGUUGUGCACGCGAUGUUUGCACGCGCAUCACGAUAGCGUAAUCACACGCGAAGAUGAACACGCACGAACUGUGAUGAAAAACGAAACGGACAUAUCUUUGCACGAGAUUGAAAACGAAUUGGCACGAAGUGUGAACGCAGACGAAAGAAUUUCGACACGAAACGAGAUCGGUAAGCACGAACUAGAAUCGACUCGUAACGAAACUGCAACACGAAACGAUUACGGUAAGCACGAAGUAGACUCCGCACGAAACGCUACCCGAAACGGGAUCGAUGAGCACGAAGUGGAAUGGAUACGAAACGCAAAUGCGUUCGCACGCGACCACCAAGUACACGUGCCAUUGAAAUGCAGACAUCAUCAUAAGGAAGAUUUGCGUUUUUUCUGCAACAGUUGCGCGCAGCUUGUGUGCCAAGAGUGCGUCAUAGCUAAACAUAUCACGCAUAUUUUCGUCUCCGCGUCAGACGCGGCACCCGGCAGCAAAGCGCAACUGAGCACGCUUCUCAAUCAGACUACCAUACGAAUUUUGUACCUCAGCGAGGCACUGAGGGACACAAAAGACAUUGAGGAGAAAUUAAGGUCGCGUGUCGAGGAAAUUACUCACACAAUUCGUGGGCCCCGGCAAAAUUCUGAAGACGGACAACUCGCUGCAGAAUUAACAACCUUUGCGCAACAACAUGGAAACGAAGCUUCCGAGCAAAAUUCUGAGGCUGAACAGGUUACCAAAUUUACAAAAAUUAUUAACUCAGGACAAGAAUUUGAUGCCACAUUUAAGCAUAAUGAUCAGGAUAGCAGGAGCGAUUCUAUGACACCACAGACUGGCCAUUGUUCUUCAAGUGAAAGGAGACACAAACUUAGCCCACAGAGAGAAGCUCUUUUGAACCAUUUAAACAAGGUGGCCAAAGGAAAAUUUGAUGUUUUAGCAAAACAUCGUAAGAAGGUUGAAACGCGGUUAGCACUUAUCGAGAACUGCCAGAGAUUUACCAUAGAUCUCAUCCAUAGCGGUAGUGACGAGGAAGUAUUAAUAUUAGAGAAUUGUAUUAUGGAGAGCUUAGGUGAGCUAUGCCACAACACGCCGGAAGUACCUAUUGAAUGCACGGAUGACGCUUUCAUUGCGAUGACAUGGCGGGAAAAUCACCCCGAACAAACCAGAGAGUUUAACAAGCGAACGGGGGGACUAUCAUUAAAUGCGGAGCGGGUUAGCAUGGACUCCAAUCCAAAGAUUACAACGGGUGAAGGGUGCUGUGGUAGCUGUUUUGCAACGGGGGAGGGGCUCACAAGCACCACGGUCGGACAGGAUUGCGUUUUCACAGUGACAGUCAAAAACCAGCAAAACCAAUCAUGCAUCGAAGGGCGAGACUCCAUAAUCGCUCGGAUUAAAACUCCUUACGGUGGCUACUUUAGAGCGGAGUUGAUCGAACACAAACGUGGCAAGCAUAAAUUCCGCUACCGCACCUAUUUCGCUGGUCCGCACAUCCUGCGUAUAACGUUACGCGGCGAAGAGAUUUUAGGCAGUCCCUUCGAGACGUUGAGCAGUGGGUCGACGGAUUAUUCGCGCCGAGGAAGACUGGUGACGAAAUUUGGACGGUUGGGAAGCGAGGAAGGAGAGCUCUGUCAACCUCAAGGUAAAAAUUUGAAUAGAAAACACGUGGAAUAAUUUUCCUUUUUUAGAAAGUCGGGAUGGUUCUCUUUUUCAGUAUAUAGAAGCACUAUGUAUGACUUGGAAAAUACUCUGGAAGCUUUGUUAAAGCAAGCCAAGUUUUCUUUGACAAAUUUCCCUGACAGGUUUACUUUCUCGUGUGUACGAUCAACAAGCUUUCCCUGACAAGUUUACUUUCAAUUCGUGAAUUCCCGUGUGUACGAUCAACAAGCUUUCCUUAACCUGAAGUUCAGGCCCUAAUCACAGAAUAGGAACUUCAGGUUAAGCUUUCCUUGACAAGUUUACUUUCUCGUGUGUACGGUCAACAAGUUUCCCGUGGCAUGUUUUGUUGCUUGUGCGCACUGAAUGUUGUUAAACAUUUAUCUCAUGCCAAGGCCGACUUUUGUUUGCAAAAACAAUAGAAGUAUUUCUUGUACACAAGGACGAAUUUUCCUUGUUCAAAAGCUCGCAUGACUAGUUUUGGAACAAGGCUCCUUUGGCAAGGAAAAAUUGUCAAGCUUGUUGACAAGUUUUCAACGGUUUGUUGGGAACUUGCUACAAGGUUGUUGAGCUCAACAGACUUGUUACAAGUUGUUCCAACAACUUGUUAUCAUCCUGCAAUUCAACAAUUUGUCAACAAGUUGUGAGUGACAACCUUGUAGCAAACUUGGUACCGGUAAAAUAACAGCAUUGUUGCAACUUGUUGACAAGCUUGCUACAAGCCUGUUGCGAACACAUCUUGUUGACAAGCUUGCUACAAGCCUGUUGCGAACACAUCUUGUUGACAAGCUUGCUACAAGCCUGUUGCGAACACAUCUUGUUGACAAGCUUGCUACAAGUCUGUUGCGAACACAUCUUGUUGACAAGCUUGCUACAAGUCUGUUGCGAACACAUCUUGUUGACAAGCUUGCUACAAGCCUGUUGCGAACACAUCUUGUUGACAAGUUGCGAGAUUUUUACGUGCGUACAAACGAAACCAACUUGUUUUCGACAUUUUCUCAUUUAGGUUUGGCUGUUGAUCGUCUAAGCCGCAUCUUCAUUGCAGACACUGGGAAUCAUCGGAUUCAAGUAUUCGACGAAAGUGGUCGGUUUUUGUUCGCAUUUGGUCGGAAAGGAACAGAUCCGGGUGAAUUUAAUGAGCCUUGUGACGUCACCAUAGCACACACUGGUCACGUGAUAGUUGCGGAUCGCUUCAACGACAGACUUCAGUUUUUUACACCAGAUGGGAAAUUUGUGCGACAGAUGCAAUGCGGUGUCCUACGGCCGAUAGCUGUAACGACUGAUCAAUAUAAUCAUAUUGUGAUCGUCGAUUCUGAUCAUAGUCGGGUGAUGGUCAUAACGAUGGGUGGGGAAAGGUAAAGUAUAACUUUAUUUUAAAACUAGGAGGGUUUCUAGGGGGAUGUUUAUGUGGAGGCAAGCCAGCCCGGGUACCCGAGACGGGAUUUCGCUUUUCAAUAUUUUCCCAUUUAUUUCACAAGGUUACGAAGCAUCACUCGAGGAACGUCGUCGGGGGCUCGGCUUGAAAACGUACAAGAUGUGGCCUGCAACCAAACUGGGGAGACUUUCCUUAUUUCCCGAAUUCCAGCCCUAAAUUCGGGCGUUACCGCGGCAACGGAACAAACCCACGCGAACCUGGUCCAAGUGAUUGACAACAACGGAGCCUAUAUCCGCAAAUUCGUGACGCCUUCGUAUGCACGAACGAAGCCGAACCUCUGCCGGCUUGUAACGGACUACGACGACCGCGUGCUAGCGACGGGAUCUGGGAACAAGGUUCAGGUGUUUACUCGUAUUGGCGGGCAUUUGACAAAUAUAACUUUCACAGAGAAAGAGUGUAGCAAGAUCGAAAUCAGCGCUAUAGCUUUGAGUCCUAGCGAAGCAGUUGUUGUGGCUGAUACGAUGAAUGGACGUAUCUUAGUGUUUUAAAGUUGUAAUCAUGGUUAAAUGUUUGUGGAGCGAGCGCUAAUAGUAAUAUUGUAAGAACGUGUGGAGUUAUCCCUUUGUCCUGGAUAUAUUAGCGAUGAAAUCGUCCUUCACCUGGCCCGAUUCAAUAUUGGUGCUCUGGUUAAUAUAUAUUUUGAAAUUUGUAAAUAUGAAACUAUAUAUAUAUAGGGGUUUUUAGUUUUUGAAGGUUAUGUGAAAUCGUUCUUAUAAGUCUGAAUUUGUAAAUUAUAAAAUGAUAUAAUAUAUAUAUAGGCUACCCUGGAGAGAUAUUAACGGAUAAUCUAUAACAAUUUUAUAUGAACAAGAAUAUUCAAAUAUAACAUAAUUAUAAUCAUUAACAUCGAAGUUCAUUGAUUUUUGCACGUACAAAAAAUCUUUACGUUUCUUCAAGAAUUCUACAAAUUAUGAUCAUAUCACAAUUGAGAGUAUGAAAAUUAUCUAUGCUUUAAAAUAUCGGUCGCUCACACCGUCACAGAAAUUGUCCGACGUAGAGAGGAAACCACUGGACAUUCUGUCCGAUCUAAGUGAAACUGAGGUUUAUUGUUUGUUCGACACGAGUGUAUUGGUGUCCGACCUAAAGGUGGAGUAAUACGGGCAACAAAAUUGCUGCAACUUGCAACAAAAUCUGAUUUCAACGCAUGUUAAUUGAAAAUGUUUACACAUACAUUACAAAUCACGAGGCAACAUGUGUCAACAUUUCUACUUAACAUGCGUUGAAAUCAGAUUUUGUUGCAAGUUGCAGCAAUUUUGUUGCUCGUAUUACUCCAGCUUAACUGUAACUUUGUCCAACGUAAAUCAAAAUGUACCCUAGUCCAGGACUAGAGGCUCGCAUGUUAAAUGGAGAAUCAGAGUAACGUAUAAAAAGUUAACUGGAAAUGUGUAAUCAAGUGCGGGGUUUUCAUCGUGGGGUUCGGAAAUUCAUUGCCAAGAUUCAAACGACUUUUCCAAAAUGUGCUGGUAUUAAUCUGUGUCUGCAUUCAUACUUAUUUCCAAGUCAAACUGAACUCAAAGUCAUCGGACAUCACAAUACAUAUGUCCGAUCCGAACUCGAAGUCAUCGAACAUUUUGUCAGACGCUUCUCUCACCGAUAUUUUAAGGCCUGAUUUUAAUUAUCUAUCAUUCAUUUUCACUGCAUAUUAACGCGUGAGCUCAAAGAAACUGAGCAUGUCAAUUUUAUAAAUUGUUUUAUAAAGCCUACCUCUAGAAGUAUUUCGAGUUGCUUCAUAAUCGAAUAAACUUCAAAGGCAGAUUAAAUUUCAGUAAAUACGCACCGUCUGUCAGAGAAUGGGAAAAUUUUCUAAGUCGCCAGUUUCCACGGAUUUCACACCGUUCAUCUCGUAUGAGAUACGGAAUUUCAAUCGAAUUCGAUCCUUGUGAGAAAGAAAUCAAUACACAAUGUU